AUGUGGCACGUUUUUAAAGGAUAUGAUUGGAAUUCUGAAUCCCGACAAACCGGAUCCAGCCAUGCUUAUGCUGUUCGAGCUCGACCGGAAAAUCAACCAGCUUCGGAUAAAAUGGCAUGGGAGUUUGAUAGUCUAAAGGCGUUUAUUGUGGAGAACGAGUUCUAUGGCGACCUUGCUCAAACCGCAUCAACCCUUAUGAAGUUCAUGCAAGAAACCAUCAACAAACCAUGCCAAGAUAGCUACGAGAUUUUCAAAGAUGUCUCUCAAAAGACACCACCACUAAUGUAUGCUUAUAAAAUGAUAAGUCUUCUGGAACAAGAAUCCACAAAUCCGUUGAAAAUGGCAAUGAAAGCUGAUCGGCUGAGAUCCAAAGCGACUUAUGAUAAGUGGAGAACUAUCAUAGAUGCCGUUAUCACCCAAUUUUGGAGAGAUGAAUAUAAGGAGACCUAUUGGGAUACGGUCAUUGCUUGGUUGGUUCAUGACACUCAGGAUAAUCAUCAAGAUGUUGGGAAUGCGGAAAAAGCAAAUAUGCUUCAGAGCUCUCUAGAUCAGAUUUUAACAGACGACUCUUUCUACCUUAUGGUCUACAAUGAUUGUUCUGGAUAUGAUAAUCACGCAUUCUACGGAGCAGUCAAACAGUAUUGUGUUUCGUUUCGUCGGGGGAAGUGCAACGUGGCAAUCUACCGUAGUCGAUGUUUCAAUCAAGCUAGUGAGGCAGAGAAGAAGCAAAUUCAGUUCGAUGUGGAGUCGUGUAGAUAUAAUACGAUUACUGGGUGGGUUUAA